GCGGGAGCGGCGGGUCCGGAGCGGCGGGGCCUGGCGGAGCCGCGCGGGGCGAGGGGGGACGAGGCAGGGACCGGAGCUCUCGGCAGCCCCUCUGGCCAAGGGCUGCUCCGUUCGCGUCUGCCACCCGAAGCGAGGGGUUGUUUUCGCGGCCUCUCCCUCCCUGAGGCGUUUGCAAGAGAAGCGGGAAGAUGGUGAAUGUUCUGAAAGGCGUUCUGAUUGAGUGUGACCCAGCAAUGAAGCAGUUUCUGCUCUACUUGGAUGAGUCAAAUGCUUUGGGAAAGAAGUUCAUCAUACAAGACCUGGAUGAAACUCAUAUCUUUGUAUUAGCUGAAUUGGUUAACUUCCUCCAGGAGAGAGUGGGCGAGCUAAUGGACCAGAACUCAUUUCCUAUUACUCAGAAGUGAAAAGACAAGAGAAAUGGGAUUACUGGAAGUUUUGAAACUGAAUUUCAGUAGCAUGGGUUGUUUUAAUAGAUAACACUGUGAUUUGUAAGUUCUACAUAGAAGUGGCUACUCUGAAAAAUGCAUCGUUUUCAUAGACAAAAUACUCUGGAAAUGGAUUUUGUUUCUUAGUUUGAAAGAUUAGGAUAUCUUUAUUAAAAUUCUUAAAUUUCUACACUUAGGGACUUGCCUAAAGAAUUUUUGAUGUAUGCUCUCUGUUUUUCCUUUAGGAUUUUUAUUUUGCAAAAUGGUAUGACCCAAAAAUUAGUGUUUGUGCUUUGAAAUGCUAUAUGGACUUCUCUGACAUGUUUCUGUCGAAUUAUUUGACUCUUAUUAUAGUGUGACUAAUAGAAAGUAAAGAAUGUCUGGUAAAGUAUGAUCUGUGCUUGUUGGAACAUCUCUGUAAGUUGAAGGCAUGGUCAGAUACUACUUUAACAUAAUGGGUUUUAUACCCCAGAAUGAAAGUUCAAGAGACUGUUUCAUUGUUGUGUUUCUGUUUUGUUUUCCAAAAAUUUAACAAGUGCCCCAUAGUACUUGCCUACUUUUACCAAAUCAUAAAUUAAAGGGGUAACAGAAAUGGGAGCCCAAUCCUAUCCAUAUAAUUGCUUUGGUCACAAUAAACUAUGUAAUCAGGAAGAAGGAGAUUCACAUGCUCUACCUGAAAGAUGAAAGCUGGUAUGGGAUUUUUUUUGAGUGUUGUGUUUUUUCCUUCAGCUUAGCUCUUCUUCCCCUGUUGCUCUUUGCUGCAAAGGAAAAGCUUCAUAGUUUUUUUUUUUUGGUUUUGUUUUGGUUUUGCUUUGGUUUGGUUUUUAGUUUUUAUACUGUAUUUGUAACUAGCUCAGACACUGGCUUAUUUGUAAGUGAGCCAGUGCAUGAUGAUGGAACCUGUGAAGAUUCCUGUUUGCAGGUCAGGCACAUACAAAUUACAGAAACAAGAAGAAUAAUAUGUGUUACUUUUGCUCUUAUCCUACUUCCUACUUAAAAUAGGAAAAAUUAUUGGAUCUAUAAGUAAUCCUUGACAAAGGACUUCUGGGACAUUACAUCAAAGGGAAGCUUGGUUUUGAGAGCUUCUCAUGUACACCAGAUAGGCGCCACCUUUAUAUC